AUGAGUUCGUCUAUUUUAUUUCCUACCUUUUCAAAUUCUAACAGUUCAAAUUUCAAAUCAAAAACAAAAGAAGAAUUAGAACUAAUUUCUAAAACAAAAACAAAUCCUCAACAAUCACAACAACAACCUCAAACACAAAGUUCAGACCUACAAGUAAUGGUCAUUAAUGGUAAAAAGUGGAAAUUUGAUAAAACAAUGAAUAAAUAUGUUGAAUUUAAAACUUCAAAUUUUGAUUUAAUUAAAAUUGAAUAUAAUGAAUGUAUGAGGAAUUUAAUGACUCAAAUCAAUUAUAAAUUAAAUUUAAAAUUAAAUAAAGAAAUUGGUAUAAAUAAAAUAAAAAUUCUAAGACAUUCAUAUUUCGAAUCAAUUGAACCAUUUGAUGAACUAGUUGUAAAAAGUAUUGAUAAAAAUGGAUUUAAAUAUACUGACUCUAUUCAAAGAACUUCCAAAAAAAAUAUUGAAUUUAUAAAUGCAGAUCCAUUUGAUUCAAACAGUAUGAAUAAUUUACAUAAUAUUGGGAAAUUAAAUAUUAGAUCAAUAAUACAAAGUAAAAAAUUUUGGAAUAAUUGUUAUCAAGAUUUAAAAUUUGAAAGUAUGUCAAUUGGUGGAUCAUUUUAUGAUAUUUUCCCAAAUAUUACAAAAUUAAUGGAAUUUUUUGAAAAUUUUAUAAAUUUUUUUUUAAUAAGUAUGAAUAAUUUAAAACCAAACAUUAAGGGAUUAACUAAAGAUGAUGAAAUAAAUAAAUUACAAAGAUUUAAUUUUUUAUUUUUCACUGAUUCGGAUUAUGAUGUUUUAUUUCGAUUAAAAAAUCAUUUUAAUGAAUUAUUUGAUGAUCAAUCAAAUUCUGAAAAAUUUCAAAUUUAUAAUUUUAAUUUCAUUUUAUUAAAAUUAAUUGAUGUUAUUAUAUCAAAUUUAAAAUCAUUUAAAUUACCAAUAGAUAUUGAAACAACUUGGAAACAAUUUUUUGAAUUUAUUUUUAAAAAUUUAUUAAAUAAUAAUCAAAAUCAAAUUCAACCAACAAAUUAUCAAAUUCAAAAACAACAACAAUUAACUUCGCCAAAUACACGUCGUAGAUCAUCAAGCAUAUCAACUUCUUCAUCAUCAAACUAUGCAUCUUUUACAAUCCCACCAUCACCAUCUUCAAUGUCACCUUCAUCAACUCCAAAAAAUAUUUCAACAACCGCUUCCAUAAAUUAUGAUACCACCACAAGAAAUCAUCUGAUAAAUUCAAUAAACUCAGAAAAAACCAGUAAUUCUAAAAGAAAUGGAUCAGUAUUCACAAAUGAAUCAUUUAAUUCAUAUUCUUCAAAUACUUCACCAACUUCAAUGUCAAUAACUUCAUUCGGUUGUAAACCAAGUUAUAAUUUACAAAAUUAUGAUACUAAUAAUGUUGAUCUUGAAUCUACUAUAUCUAAUACAAGUUCUAAAAGAUCCAAAAACAGCUUUUUUAAAAGAUUUGGAAAAUCUAAAAAUUAA